GAGAUAACCUUUUUGACUUUUUUUGGGAUAAGAUUUGCCAAUUUUCGAGACAUUAGGAUGAUUUACCUACACUAGCUCUAAUUAAACGAGCACUCGCAAGUAGGUACAUAUAUAAAACGGUUUUAAAACUUCAAUAUGACUUAUUACUGAUUAGUCCUUUCAAAUAAGCUCUCGUCAUUGGUUUCAUUUCUUUUGUUUCAACGUAGACUGAAUAUUCCUCAGGUAUUAGUGCAUCUAUAUGCUCAAUAUUGAAGAUGGUUUUCAACAGCAUAAAAGUCCUUGCCUUGGCAAUGAUGGCAUUUUCGGUUCACAUUGCUUCUUGUACCGAAUCCAAUCCAAUUUAUAAUAACGAAUGUGUAAAGAAGUGCGUCGUAACCUCAGAUUACACCCCUUUUUGUGGCAGUGAUAAUCAAACCUAUCCUACAAAUGAUAUCUUAGGAUGUUUUCAGGACUGCAGAAUACAAAUCACGAAAGCUUACGACGGAGAAUGCAAAGCCAAAGCCAGUCAGAAAAACCCAAUUUUCGACGACCCAUGUGUAAAAAAAUGCCAAAUCACUGCCGAUUAUACUCCUUUUUGCGGAAGUGAUAACCAAGACUACCCAACCAAGGGUUACUUGACUUGUUUUACCAACUGUAAAAAACCAAUUACAAUGGCUCAUGAAGGAAAAUGUCAAGAACUUGUUAUUGUCACAGAAAAUCCAAUUUUCAACGACCAAUGUGUAAAGACUUGUCCAAUAACAGACGAUUUUACUCCUUUUUGCGGAAGCGAUAAUCAAGAUUACCCUACCAAGAGUUAUCUAGGUUGUUUUCAAAGAUGUCAAAAACAGAUUACGAAGGUUCAUGAUGGACUAUGUCAGCAAUCAGCUCCUGUUCAACAAAAUCCAAUUUUCAACGACCCAUGUGUGAAGAACUGCGCAAUAACGCAGGAUUAUUCUCCUUUUUGUGGAAGCGAUAAUCAAGAAUAUCCUACCAAGAGCUACUUAGGUUGUUUUCAAACAUGUCAUAAACAGAUUACAAAAGCUUAUGAUGGAAAAUGUCGAAAAUCAGCUCCAAUUGAACAAAAUCCAAUUUUCAAAGACCCAUGUGUACAGAAAUGUCCCAUUACGGAUGAUUUAUCUCCUUUUUGUGGAAGUGACAAUCAAGACUACCCAACCAAGAGUUACUUGAAUUGCUUCACCAACUGCAAAAAACCGAUCACGUUGGCCCAUGAAGGAAAAUGUCAUUAAAUACAUCGUUUUCAAUCUCAUCUACGUUUAUGCAACAAUCUCACUUUAUCGUGGAGUUCAGGAUUAGACUAUUAAAUUUUCACUCCUAAUUUUGAUCGUUGGUUAUUUUAAUUUUCAAAAUGAUUGUGUAUUUGAAAAAUUGACUUUUAAAUAUAUUUUACAAGGUAGCAAUAAAACCUAAAAGAAUAUCAUACCUAUAAUGAAUAGUUCAAUUGGAAAUUGAGGAUUCUUCAAACGAGUAUGUGGUAUUGUGGAUAUCCAAAGUCAAAUUUAGAGAUCAACAGGUUAAAUACAAAAAUAAAAUCGUUUUUUUUUCUGCUUGAUUAUU